GACGUACAGCCCUCCCCCGCGCACUGAUGCAGGGGGGUUUCCAUCAUGGCGUCGAUGCAGAAAAGGCUACAAAAGGAAUUAUUAGCCCUGCAAAAUGAUCCACCCCCAGGAAUGACGCUCAACGAGAAAAGUGUACAGAACACCAUCACACAGUGGAUUGUAGAUAUGGAGGGAGCACCCGGCACACUGUAUGAAGGAGAGAAAUUCCAGCUGCUUUUCAAAUUUAGUAGUCGAUACCCUUUUGAUUCACCUCAGGUAAUGUUCACAGGAGAGAAUAUACCUGUCCACCCUCAUGUGUAUAGCAACGGUCACAUCUGUCUAUCCAUUCUAACGGAAGAUUGGUCGCCAGCCCUCUCAGUGCAAUCAGUUUGUCUUAGCAUUAUCAGCAUGUUGUCCAGCUGCAAAGAAAAGAGACGACCACCUGAUAACUCCUUUUAUGUAAGAACGUGUAACAAAAAUCCAAAGAAAACGAAAUGGUGGUAUCACGAUGAUACAUGCUAAUGUACAAACUUUGUAAUAGUCGGAGAAGAAAGAAGUCCUACUGACCUAAAUAAAGCACUUUUUAAUCAUUCAGUCUUUGAACUCUGACCUUUGACUGGAACAAUGGACACCAUGCGCAGGAGGCUCUUGACUGCAUCUCCCCCCCCCCCACGGGCAGUUGGCUGCAUGUUUUAGUCGGGUGUAAUAUAGAAACCAGAAUCAAACGCGAAGACGUUUAGACGCACCCAAGAUGUAUCGUUUUUUUUUUCCGGCAAAAAAAAAGGUGCAGCGAGCGACAAAGGCGGAUUUGUAGAGAGAUAAUAUAAAUUCCUGUUUUCAGAUUUUUAUUGUUGCUUUUUUUUUUUUUUUUUUUUUUUUUUUUUUUUUGCGUGGGUGCAUUUUAAGGUCCUUGUGUUGUGCAAUAAUAACUGAUGGAUGCAUGCUUGGGCCUACAAAGAGAAAUCCAAAUCUAAUAGUCUUCUGGAAGGGAUCUGACCAAUUUAAACUCCCAAGAAAAUGCUUCAUCUGUUUCUCUUUUCUUUAAACUAUUAAAAUGAUGAUAUGCACUGUGAAAGGAUCUCGGUUCAGACGCCACCACGAUUACGUUAUUUCCACCCUGCAGUUGUACUGUUAGCAGUCCUCCAUUCAUCAGGUUUUUAAGUUUGUAUCCACUGUGUCGAGAGUGCAUGCAGUUUUUUUUUUUUCUUCUUCUUCUUCAUCAUCUUCCAAAUGGGCAGCCAGCCGGUUACAGUUCUUCCUGCUGACGGACAGAAUGUCGGUCCUGAUGGGAAUAGGACAGAUAUAGGAUAGAUCUGGUUGUCAGCUGAUGACCUUGGUGUACAUCUCCUCUGAAAGUUCGGGCUGAGCUCCUCUAGUGUUAACUCGUCCGGCCUUUAAGACGUGCGGCGGCCUCUCUUUCGUUGAAAGAAUGUCUGUAAGAGAAAAUUGCUGCAUGAUCCAUUUUUAUUUGUAUGAUACUUUUUUUUUUUUUUAAUUUCAUGCUUUAAUCUUCUAAAACGGUUGAUUUAAAUGUAAUUUUUUUUGUACUGUUUUUCAACAAGCUGAUACUUUGAAAAGGGGGGUUGUUUUAAUGGGUCAGUAUGUUGUGUUUUUUUUUUUUUCUUGAUUAAUUUUAUGCUUUUUUUUCGGAGGGGGGUAUGUUAUUUAAUUUAAAUCUUCGUUUGAUCUCCAGAACGGCUAUGAACGACUACAGAGGAGAGUCUUUCUAGAAGUCAUAAAGAUGAGACUUUUGUGAUUCCCCCCCUGCUCAGAGUUUUGGCUCAGGUACUUUUUUCAAUAAAGAGAUCACCUCUAAAAAGAUACCUAUCAGAUAUUUUGAAUUUAACUAUAUUUUCACCAAAAGAGACUGUUAUGUUGUAAACUUAUAACACGUCGGAAUCUAUUGUACAUAAGUCUUUAAAUUGUUGGAUGAUGUGAAAGACCUUAGCAGAGGAUGCAUUUACUUUAUAGCAGGAUGAUAAUAGGAGUGCUUUAUUUCAUUGGAAGUUAGUCUGCAUCUUUUGCUGAUUAGGAUGUGUACAGUCGGCAGCAAAACGUACGUUGGUUUAAAAACAAAUAGUAGUUUUACAGCGGGGGUGCAUGCAAUUUUAAACCCCGCUUUUUCUUAUUGGCAUCAAACAUCAUGACCACUUUUAGUCUCUCCAUAACUUAGACAAUGGCUUAUAUGGGAUGGAUAUUACAAAAUUCACCUCUAGACGCUGUAGUCCGUACAGACUGUAGUCACUCCAUUCUGAAAAAAAUGUUUAUCGCCAGUCAGAGAUACUUGAAUUUUCCCAUCUUGGGUUGUUUGUAUUUCCUUUCUUUUCCUUUUCCUUUUAUUUUUCCCUUUCUUUCCAGGGUCUAGCUGAGUUUCUUGAAUAAACUUGAGUGAAUGUGAUGAUACUCUAUACUGUAGAGGAGAUUACCACAGCACACUGCUAUCUCAAAAAGAACUAUAUUGAUAACUUAAAGACAUCUAUUUAACCAAUGAUUUUUUUUUUUUAUUAGCUUCAUUGUAACGGGACUUGUCAGUCGUCGUCGUGCUGCGAGAAGUUAGAGGGUAGGACUGAGAUGAUUGUGUAGAAAUGGAGUCGCGACGGCAUCCGUGCAGGGACAAAAGGCCUUCACCCAGUGGGCAGUAGAUCAGUGGAGAUUUGAGAAACUUGUGCGUGAAUAUGUUACAAGGGUUUGGAUGUGAUGUUUUUAUUUUUUUCUUAGGUUGCUUUUCUUUUUUCUUAAUUUUUUUUUUCUGUUCAAUGUGGUUUGAAUAUAUAGCUUGCAGGUUGUUGUGAGUGAUCAACACUAAUGGGGGUGUGUUAUUUAUAUUUGAAAUUUUGUUCUGGGAUGUGCAAGCUCCAUGUAAUAGGUGCCUGUUCAUUUUCAUAAUCAAUAAUAAAAGCAAAGAUUCACUUUUAUUCAA